AUGUCUGCUGUGGGUAUUCGUGGUGAAAGAGAUCAAGGACAAGAUGUUCGUACAAGUAAUGUAACUGCCGUCAUGGCCAUUGCAAAUGUAGUCAAAACUAGUCUUGGACCAUAAGGAUUGGAUAAGAUGUUAGUAGAUGAAAUUGGAGAUGUUGUAAUCACAAAUGAUGGAGCAACUAUUCUCAAAUAAUUGGAAGUUGAGCAUCCAGCUGCUAAAGUCAUUGUCGAGUUGAGUUAAUUGUAAGACAAGGAAGUCGGUGAUGGUACUACAUCCGUUGUUGUAUUGGCUGCUGAAUUGCUUAAGCGAGCUAAUGAAUUAAUUAAAAUUAAGGUGCAUCCUACCACCAUUAUAUCCGGUUACAAAUUAGCUGCCAGAUAGGCUGUCAAAUAUAUCCAAUCUCAUUUAGUGCACAAAAUCACUGAAGAUGACACUGAGAUAUUGAUCAAUGCAGCCAAAACUUCCAUGAAUAGCAAAGUUAUUGGUCCAGAAAGUCACAUCUUUGCUAAAUUAGCAGUCGAUGCAGUCAGACUAGUCAAAACUUAAGGUGCAAUCUCAGGAAAACCUAAAUAUCCCAUCCAAUCUAUUAAUAUUGUUAAAAGUCAUGGACAAUCCUCCAAUCAAUCUGAAUUGGUCAAAGGAUACGUUAUCCAAUUACAAAGAGCUUCAUAAUAAAUGGUAACCAAAGUUAAGAAUGCCAAAGUUGCUUGUUUAGAUAUCAAUUUGAACAAAUUCAAAAUGUAGAUGGGAGUUUAAAUUUUGGUUGAUGAUCCAAACAAUCUUGAGAAGAUCAGAAAGAAGGAAAUGGAUGUUUUGAAAGAAAGAAUCUAAUUAUUAUUGUCAGCAGGAGCCAACGUGAUCCUAACAUCAAAAGGAAUGGAUGAUUUAGCUAAUAAAUACUUGGUUGAGGCGGGAGCUAUUGGAUUAAGAAGAGUCCCAAAGGAUCAUCUAAGGAGAAUUGCUAAAGCAACAGGUGCAAAGGUUAUUACUACCUUCGCAAACGAAGAAACUGGAGAGUCCUUUGAUGCAUCCAGUUUAGGAGAAGCUGAAGAAGUUUACGAAGAAGCCAUAGGAGACAAUGAUUACAUAUUUUUCAAGGGAAUGAAAAGAGAAUAAUCAGCAAGUAUCAUCCUCAGAGGUGCAAAUGAAUUGAUGACUGAUGAAAUAGAGAGAUCUAUACAUGAUUCAUUGUGUGUUGUUAAAAGAACCUUGGAAUCUGGUUCAGUCGUAGCUGGAGGUGGAGCUGUCGAAAUGGCCUUAAGCAUUUAUUUGGAUGAUUAUUCGAGAACUCUUGACACAACUGAACAAAUUGCUGUUGCCGAAUUCGCUGAAGCUUUGACUGCUAUUCCAAAGAUAUUGGCUACCAAUGCUGCCAAAGAUUCAAUUGAUUUGAUCAGCAAAUUGAGAGUUUUACAUAGCAAAUCUUAAUAACUCUAAGUGGAUGAGAAGGGAUUUAAGUACAGUGGACUAGAUCUGAUUAAAGGAGAGGUUAGACACAAUUUGAGACACGGAGUUCUUGAACCAACAGUGAGCAAAGUGAAAUCAUUGAAGUUUGCAACAGAGGCUGCUAUUACAAUAUUGAGAAUAGAUGACAUGAUUAAAUUAGAACCAAAGAAGGAGUAAAUGCCAGGUAGACAUUGAGUUAUGAUAAGUAUAAUAAAUAAUUAUAUGCAUAAUAUUAUUAA